AUGUUCAUUGCCAGGAAGCUGAUGUGGGCCGCUGCGCUGAAGACAGGCACGGAGCUGCCGCCAUGGUUCUUUGAGCGGCAGAACCUUUCGCGCCGCCAAAUGGGUGUAGACCUGGUCAGCAUCGAUGGGGGCACAGUUGUCUUAUGCCACUCUGGGAGUGACAAUGCCACAGCACUGCACCGCGACAUCAAGCGUUUCUUGCGCACUGCCGUUUGGGUAUGCAAGGCCAACGACUGCUUGCUGAUCACCAGCUGGGGUACCAAGCUGCCAGAGCAGUCGAAACAGUGGCUAAAGAAGCAUGGCGCCAAGCACAAAACCAUCAGCAAUGCAGAAGUCCAGCGACUGGCAGCUACCUUGGCACAAGAUUCGGUCCACGAAGAGCUCGGCAUGUCAGAAAGCUCUCCGCACCCUCCGCCUUUGAGGCCGUGCCAGCAGGCCUGCCUGGAAGCAUGCGCAAACGGGGCCCGUGUGAUCCAGAUGGCCUGCGGCACAGGCAAAACGCGCGUCAUCCAGGAGCUUGCUAGGAACAUAUCUGACCAGGUUCUGAUCAUUGUUCCAUCACGAUUGCUUCUGGAGCAGUUUGCGUCCGAUUUUCCCAACUUCUGCGAAGUCGGGACGGGAUACAACCACCAAAUCAAUAAGCGCGCUGCAGGUUUCAUCGCGGUUUCUAACUCUGUGCACCUUCUCAAAGAUUUGAGAUUUGGAGCCAUAUUUGUAGAUGAAGCUCACCAUCCUCUACCACAAGGCGUGCCACAAGGGAAGGACAUAUAUUUCUUCUCAGCUACGCACCGGAAUGCCACAGACUUUAAGUAUAGCAUGGGGCAAGCUAUUGAGGAUGGCAUUCUGUGUGAUUACGACCUCACCGUGCCCGUGAUCACGCAAAGCCAUGCCUAUGCAUGUUUGGCAAGUCUGCUGUUGAGGAAUCACGGCCGCUUCAGGAGGGUGCUGGCAUAUUGCAAUUCCGUGAGGGAAGCGAAGCUCGUGCGGCAAGUGCUUGAGAAGUUUGGGCUAGCUGCAUGGCACAUCAACGCUGCAACGAGCCGAAGUGAAAGAAAGGCUGUGAUCCAAACCUUCUCAGGUGACAUGCAGGGACUGAUGCACGUACUGGUCACAGUUGAGGUGCUGGGUGAAGGUGUGAACAUACCCAACGCGGACACAUGCAUGUUCGUCGAGCCGCGCAACAGUUUUCGUGCCAUAGUUCAAGCGGUUGGUCGCAUACUUCGGCAGCACGUCUGCAAACCACUUGCUCACAUUAUUCUUCCGGCAAUGCCACUAUUCGCAUCAGCAGCCGUGCCUGCUAGUGAUGCAAGCAAAGCUUUACUGGUCGCCCCUACCAGCGAGAGCAGUCCUACUUCUGUGUGUCUCGACACAGGUGGCGAAGCCUCGACCUCGUCUUUAGCCACAAGUCGCGGCUCAACGGUCAGCACCCAAGCCGUGCCCCGUGACUUGCGAACUGCAAACGUGACAGCCGGAGCCGCACAGUCUAGAUCCAAUGCAUGCAGAUCAUAUAAGGGCACACUGGGUGGCUCUGAAGCCGCGCCAACUAUAGCAUGGCAUGCCAGCUUGGAGGUUUCCAGCCCGGCUGCAUCACGGAAAUGUGGCCCGGAUGGCGGCAGCAGCAGCAACAGCAGCCGCAGCUUCCAAGCACAUUUCCACCCGGGCACGAGACAAGAUGACGUAGUGAAAUCUCAGAAAGAUACGGACUUUUCACGAUUGUCUGCCGCUGCUGAGGGACGGUUGCAACAUGCAGGUGGCAUGUUUCGCAAGUCUUCCGUGGCUCAGCGGAAGGUUGUGGCAGUGCAUGCCAUGCUAACUACCGGCGCAGACACCGUUGUAUACCAGAGUAGUUCUGAAGUCACCUUCAGUUCAUCUUCAUGGCUUGCGGUGAAUAUGGCAUCGGCUGAUAAAUCUUGGCAAUCGCCAGACUUGCGUGGGAACAUGUUUGGACUGCCUGCGCGUGGUAAAGAAUCGCCGUGCACAGACAAUUUUGUCACGGGAAGCAGCUUCACUGACAGCAGCUCAUCUAGGCCAGCUCUCCCUGAUCAAGAAGGCAUCCAGGCACUGCAUCCCGCCCCCAUGGAAGGACUCGGAUUCAAGGUCGCUCGCUCUUCACUCGCGUGGACAGACACCAGCCAUGCAUCGCAGCUUGAACGGUUUCUGUCUGCCAUCGCCCAGGCAGACAGCCGCCUUGCAAAUUCUACGAUGAGUUCCUUGCGGCGCAGGCUUGACUUUGUGGACUGCAGAUCCUUGCAAAAUACCGGCCUCAUGGCGAUUCAGAGUUGCUUCGAUCAGCUCUUGGCAUGCCUUCAGCCGCGGGGUCCGCACGAUAAGUGGGAAAAACGUCUGCAUGAGCUGGAGGAUUUUGUCGAGCGGCAUGGCCGCAUGCCAAGCAAAAGGUCCGCUGAACCAAAGGAGAAGUCUCUGUAUGUCUGGUCAAGGGACACUGUCGAUAGUGUUCGAAGAAGUGGAGCGACAGCUGCGCAUCGAAGGACUCAGCUAUGUGCGUCAUCAUCACUGCUGCUCCGCCGCCAGGUUUUGAAGUGGCUGGAUGAUCCUGGAGCUUCGUUCCGGGCCAGGUGCGGUGAAUUGAAAGAAUACUUGACGAAGUAUGGCAAGCUGCCUCAGCGGGGCUCAGAUUCUACCAGCGAACCUGCAAACCUCUAUCAUUGGCUGCGAUCUCAGAAGGCGUCCAUCCACCGCCAUGCAUUCAGCCCCGUCAAAGAAAGGAGUCGCAGAGAGGAGCUAAGUCGCAUCCAUGCUUUAGUGUCAGAGUUUUUGUGUGCGCCAUUGAGGCCUCCGAUGCCAAUCCGACAAGACAAAUGUUUGGAGCUCCAAGGAUUUGUCAGCCAAGCUGGACGGCUGCCCGUUGACACCAAGAACAACUAUGAGUCAAAGCUGUACCAGUGGAUGCAUGCCCAGAGGAGGAAGCUGCCGGAGCGGCAAGCAGAAGAUCAAUCGCUGCUGCUGCAUUUGCACCCACUCAUAACCGAGUUUUUCAGAAAGGAUCCAGCGGUGCGAUCGGUAGCCACGACCGAGGCUGUGGGGCAAGACUCCUGA